AUGGUCCUGCUCUCUCAAACACAAGGACUUACCAAACAUGCCUUGCAGCAUCAUCCCCCACCAGAACCGCCGGCCGAGGUCUGCCCGGCCUCACCCAUGGGCGAAAGCUACGGAGAGAUCUCAAGUGAAUCUGAAAUCUCAAAGGAAACAGGUUACCCUUCUGUCACUCCAACUGAUCAUGGGAAUUCAUGGUCUGCUACUCAGAGCUAUGCAGGAACCACCACUGAGGACAGCUCAGUCUUCUCUUGGGGCUACGAUGAAUUUGAUAAAGUUGCCACACGACAAGUUCAACAAAUGUUCAGACAAAUUGAUGAGCUGCUUUAUGAGCAAAAAGAAAAUGUACUUGUUGAAGGACUGCAGGAAGAGUGCCAAGAGUGGACAUCCACCUUUCCUCAUCUCAGGGUUGUGGGGAAGCAGAUAGUAAUUCCCACAGAUGAAGGCUACGGAUGGUAUUCAAGUUCACCGUCUGCCAGUUUAGCUUCUUCAGAUCUAAGUUUGCCGCAAGAAGAAGAUUCCAAUGAAAUUAGUGUUUUGGGCAAGAAGAUGCCUCUUUCUGUUACUCCUGUUCACAAAAAGGCUGACCAUUCCAAGUCUCCGACCUUGUGCUCUCCAGAGAGUGAAGAAGGUGAAGAUGGAGUAAUCGUCUCCGAAGGUGUAAUGGAGGAAUAUUUAGCAUUUGACUGCAGAGAUGUGGAGGAGGAGUUGCAUGAGAGAAAAAUGGGACUUUCCUCUAAUAGACAGAAAUUGGGGUUUCCUCCUAUUUCUCCAUAUUCCUGCAUGAAAGAUUCCGUGCUCACAUUUGUGUUUGAUGAUGUUUGGAGUGAAGUCCUAGGCUGCAUGGAGGAAUUAAUCUGCCGACACUGGGAAGGAUCAGCCUCUGAUGAUGAGAAAAAUAUCAUAGCAGUAGAAACAACCACCAGAGCAGAUUCUGGAAGUUCUUUGGUCCACUUUGAACCCCUGCCAUUGUUGUUACCUCGCAUGCCACAAACUAAAACACCCUCAGUGACCUCUAAUCUGUGCCCCAAAACCAGAUGUGGCCGCAAAACCAAAAAGAGAAGAAAACCACCUCAAGUAAAUCUGUCACAAGGGUCCAGUAACAGCUCUCAGCGUAAUCUAAAUGGCUUGCUGAUGAUCCAUGGGAUCCAGUUACAGCAAAGGAAUCUGUCUAUAAUGGAGAAAACAUUGGACCUGGAUGACAAGUGGCCGGGCUCCAGCUCUUUCCUCUCAACCAGAACUUGGCCAAAUCGUCCUCUAGAGCUCAGUACAUCAUCGCUGUCACAGUCUGCAAGGCGGCGAAACCCACCGCCACGUACCCUGCAUCCCCUCAACACCAACCACUCUCGGACUGGGACACCGGGAUCUGUGGACAAUGUCAUCAGAGGAACACGACUUCCAACUGCGUACGAUCAGCUGACCUCACCUUCCCCACUGCUGCUGGGCCGAAACAACCUCCUGCCACCUAUUAGUGCCACCAAUGUGACGGAGCUUGUGAGCACGGCAGGACCCCAGAGGCAAACGAAGUCCCAAGGGAACUCAACUCGAGCGUUCAGUGCAGCAACACACGAAGAUAAACAUCUGCAGCUACAGGAGAGGCUUUUCUUACCAGAUCACUUCUCCAGGCCUAACACGACAAACACUUUCUUGCCAGAUGCCCAGCACCGCCGCUCUUGCACUGUUAUUGGCUACAGUAAUCAGCCUCGGACAAGCAGAGGAGCGACGGGUGCAGGUCUUCAGCAGCAUGGCUCUGUGAAAACCCCAAGUCGAAGUGGAUCGGUCACAAAAAGCAAGCAAGGGUUAUAACAUGCCACAAAGAAGCAUCCAGGCAUCUCCAAGGAGCCACAAAACACCUCCUGUUCUCAACCGUGUCAGCCUUGUUUACAGAGUUUUCAAACACCCUUCCUUACUAAGAGUCCUAUUUUUAUAUAGAUCUAAGAAGCAGCUGCCAAAGAUCAGAAGGGGUAUAUUUUCACAUUCCAUUUUCUACCCCCAGAAAAAGUUAGACUCCAGUGGACAGUGAAGCCUAAUUCCUAGUAAAUGUAGCAAAUAUCCAGAA